AACCUGAGCGCCGCGAUAACAGCGCGGGCCGGGCAGGUUUUUCGGAGGGACGCAGCGUUCCUGCUCGCGCCGGCGCGAGACACAGCCUGAGGGGCGCAGCGUUUCCGGCUCUCUGUCGCAGCUGCUGGAGCUGCUUAGAUUGCCUUUGCAGACAUGUCGGGGUUCAGCCCGGAACUCAUCGACUAUCUGGAAGGGAAAAUCUCCUUUGAGGAGUUCGAAAGACGGAGAGAAGAGAGAAAAACCCGCGAGAAGAAAAGUCUUCAGGAAAAAGGAAAGUUAUCAGCUGAAGAAAAUCCAGAUGACUCUGAAGUUCCAUCAUCAUCAGGAAUUGUCUCUACCAAAUCUCAAGACAAAGAUGCCAGUGAAGGAGAAACAUCAGAUGGAGUGAGUAAGUCGGUUCACAAGGUCUUUGCUUCCAUGCUUGGAGAGAAUGAAGAUGAGGAGGAGGAAGAGGAAGAAGAGGAGGAAGAGGAAGAAACACCUGAGCAGCCCACUGCAGGGGAUGUAUUUGUAUUGGAGAUGGUUCUCAAUCGUGAAACCAAGAAAAUGAUGAAAGAGAAAAGACCUCGGAGUAAACUUCCAAGAGCUCUGAGAGGUCUCAUGGGUGAAGCCAACAUUCGCUUUGCUCGAGGAGAACGUGAAGAGGCGAUACUGAUGUGCAUGGAAAUCAUAAGACAAGCUCCUCUGGCUUAUGAGCCAUUCUCUACUCUGGCCAUGAUAUAUGAGGACCAAGGUGACAUGGAGAAAUCGUUGCAGUUUGAGUUGAUUGCUGCACAUUUAAAUCCCAGUGACACAGAAGAAUGGGUCAGACUGGCAGAGAUGUCUCUGGAACAAGACAAUAUUAAGCAGGCUAUUUUUUGCUAUACGAAAGCUCUUAAAUAUGAACCUACUAAUGUUCGUUAUCUGUGGGAACGAUCGAGUCUUUAUGAACAGAUGGGUGAUCAUAAAAUGGCCAUGGAUGGUUAUAGGCGUAUUUUAAACCUUUUGUCUCCAUCUGAUGGAGAACGUUUUAUGCAAUUGACUAGAGAUAUGGCAAAGAGUUACUAUGAAGCCAAUGAUGUUACUUCAGCUAUUAAUAUAAUUGAUGAAGCUUUCUCCAAACACCAGAACCUAGUCUCCAUGGAAGAUGUUAACAUAGCAGCUGAACUGUGUAUUUCUAACAAGCAGUAUGACAAAGCUUUAGAGGUAAUUACAGAUUUUUCUGGAAUUGUACUGGAAAAGAAAACUUCAAUAGAAGGCACCUCAGAAGAGAAUAAAGCUCAUGAGGAUGUUACGUGCACUAUACCUGAUGGUGUGCCCAUAGAUAUCACUGUAAAGUUGAUGGUCUGUCUUGUGCAUCUCAACAUCCUUGAACCACUUAAUCCUCUCUUGACAACACUAGUGGAACAGAAUCCUGAAGACAUGGGAGACCUCUAUCUAGAUGUUGCUGAAGCUUUUCUGGAUGUUGGUGAAUACAAUUCUGCACUUCCUCUGCUCAGUGCACUUGUUUGCUCUGAAAGAUACAACCUUGCGGUAGUCUGGCUUCGGCAUGCAGAAUGUUUAAAGGCCUUAGGCUAUAUGGAGCGUGCUGCAGAAAGCUAUGGCAAGGUGGUUGAUCUGGCCCCUCUCCAUUUGGAUGCAAGAAUUUCACUUUCCACCCUUCAGCAGCAGCUGGGCCGUCCUGAGAAAGCUCUGGAAGCUCUGGAACCAAUGUAUGAUCCAGAUACUUUAGCACAGGAUGCAAACGCUGCACAGCAGGAACUGAAGUUACUACUACAUCGUUCUACUCUAUUGUUUUCACAAGGGAAAAUGUACGGCUAUGUGGAUACCUUACUUACCAUGUUAGCUAUGCUUUUAAAGGUAGCAAUGAAUAGAGCCCAAGUCUGUUUGAUAUCCAGUUCCAAAUCUGGGGAGAGGCAUCUCUAUUUAAUUAAAGUAUCAAGAGACAAAAUAUCAGACAACAAUGAGCAAGAGACAGCAAAUUGUGAUGCAAAAGCAAUGUUUGCUGUCCUCAUGAGUGUUUUGACAAAAGAUGACUGGUGGAACCUUCUCUUGAAGGCCAUAUACUCCUUAUGUGACCUAUCCCGAUUUGAAGAGGCUGAGUUGCUUGUAGAUUCUUCACUGGAAUAUUACUCUUUUUAUGAUGACAGGCAAAAACGCAAAGAACUAGAAUAUUUUGGUCUGUCUGCUGCAAUUCUGGACAAAAAUUUCAGAAAGGCAUACAACUAUAUCAGGAUAAUGGUAAUGGAAAAUGUCAAUAAACCCCAGCUCUGGAAUAUUUUCAAUCAAGUUACCAUGCACUCCCAAGAUGUGCGCCAUCAUCGCUUCUGUCUCCGAUUAAUGCUGAAAAACCCAGAUAAUCAUGCAUUAUGUGUCUUAAAUGGACACAAUGCAUUUGUCUCUGGUAGUUUUAAGCAUGCACUUGGACAGUACGUACAAGCCUUUCGUACCCAUCCCCAUGAACCACUCUACAGCCUCUGUAUAGGCCUAACCUUUAUACAUAUGGCAUCUCAGAAGUAUGUGUUAAGGAGACAUGCUCUUAUUGUGCAGGGCUUUUCCUUUCUUAAUCGAUACCUCAGUCUACGUGGGCCUUGCCAGGAAUCAUUCUACAAUUUGGGUCGUGGCCUUCAUCAGUUGGGGCUGAUGCAUCUUGCGAUCCACUAUUACCAGAAGGCCCUAGAGCUCCCUCCACUUGUGUUAGAGGGUAUAGAAGUUGAAGAGUUAGACUUACGAAGAGAUAUUGCCUACAACUUGUCUCUCAUUUAUCAGAGCAGCGGGAAUAUUAGAAUGGCUCAAAGGCUUUUGUAUACCUAUUGUACUAUAUAAAGCACUUCAACUGAGAAAGCCCUGGCAGCUGCUGUGUAAGAACCAAUAUCUUCCGUCUCAGGGUUUAUUAUUCAUAACUCCAGUGAUAAUUUCAGAAUUAUCUAAUAGUAUAUUCAUUUUUAAUAUGUGAUAAUAAUCUUCAGUUUAUUGCUCUGUCAAGUUCCAUUACCAUUCUGUAGUAAAAUUGUCCCCAGUCCUAAAAUGGACAGUAUUAUUAGCCUUUGAGGCAGCUUAGAGUUCAAUACCCUAUUUUUUACUCA